AUUUCUUCCCGCGUGGACCUUCCAUCGACUUCAGAGGAACCCCAUGGGGAACAGACCCACCCUUCACCUGGCCGCGAGACGCUCCGGACACGAGCUUAGCGUUCAGAUAUGAGGGGAUAUACUCAGAAGCCCGAUGCCUAUGUAUAUAAAUACUCACGCCGUUCAAGAAAAAAAAAAAAUUUUUUUGGCAUCUUUCUCCUCUUCCCCAAUCACUCAACGCGUCGUACGUGCGGUGAUCGUACAACGCUUUCAUAAUGACCGACACAAAGACGGCGGUUCCAAAUUCAGACGAUGGCCCUCCUCCCACCACUCCAACAAAUACAAUCGAUCAGGGUCACGGAGUCAGCAUUGAGGCUAUCCCGCUAUGGAAGCGGGUAUGGCGGCACAGUUUGACGCAGAUGAUGCUUUUGAGCGUCCAGGCCUUUUGUGGGCCAGCCAUGUCGGACGCGAUUACAGGCCUCGGUGGUGGUGGCCUUGCAACUCCUCAGGUGUCAAAUAUUUCGACUGCGAUCAGAUACGCCACGCUGGCUGUCGUUUGCUUCCUGGGCGGUCCCAUAGUCAACAAAAUCGGUGUCAAGUGGGCCCUGGUCAUCGGCUCAAUGUCCUUCCCUAUCCAAGGGUCUGCCUACUACUGCAACAGCAAGUUUGGAAACCAGUGGUAUCUUAUUCUCAGCGGCGCUAUCGGCGGUAUUGGGACUGCUUGCUGGUAUGUCGCUGAGGCUGGAGCCAUCAUGACGCUUGCGCCGUCCGGUGCUCGUGGAAAAUAUCUAGCUUUGUGGAUUGUCUCGCGAAAUCUUGGACAGUUAGUCGGAGGUGCAAUUAAUCUAGCAAAGAACCAUGAGAAAGGGGCCGAUGGCGGAGUCACCCCCGAUACUUUCAUUGCCUUCGUGAUCAUUGAGUGCAUCGCUCUUCCAUUCGCACUUUUAAUCACUCCCUUCGAGCGCGUUAUCCGAUCUGAUGGCACCCAUAUCGUGACUUCCGAGACCCUUUCUACCAAACAGGAGCUUAGGCGCAUUGCAAAGACCAUCACCUCCAGGCUCAUUGUUCUUUCAUCCCUUUGGGCAUUGUGGUCAUUUUUCUACACUGGUACUUGGACUACCUACCUAGGAACCUAUUUCUCUGUCCGGGCCCGCGCCCUCUCGUCUCUGAUCUCGCCUUUCUUCUGCAUUAUCGGCUGCUUUGGUCUUGGCUAUAUCCUUGACAUGAAGGGUCUCAGCCAACGCCGCCGUGCGCAAAUUGGUCUCUACACCGUCGUCAUCCUCAACGUUGGUGUAUAUAUCUGGUCUAUCGUCAUGCAGACCAAGUUCAACCGCCACGAUCCUGGCCACAUUGACUGGGACGACGGACUGUAUGCUUCGUCAUUCCUGCCGUAUUUCUUCGUCCAGACCACCGGUCCGUUGUCACAGUCGUACAUGUAUUGGCUACUGUCAUCUUUUGCGACAGAUGCGCAGGAAAACGUCCGUAAUGGUGCGGCAUUCAGAUGCAUUGAAGCUAUUGGUCAAGCUAUUGCCUACGGCAUGAACACUCAAACCACGAGUGACCCUCUUAUUGGAUUCUGCGUGACAUUCGCCCUCCUCGGAGCUUCUCUGCUCCCCAUGAUUAUGCUUGUGAACACGACGCCGGACCGCAUCCCCGCUGAUGUGAUUGCUGAGCAGCAGGAUGUCGCCCGUGACAAGCUUGAGAGUGCUUAAAUAAGCCAGGACUGGACAAUCCCGCUUAGUACGAUAAGGCAGAUGUUGUAGACAAUGGCCUAUUAUGAAUAUUCUAUAUAUACAGUUCCUAAUCAUAAAAAAGUAUUAGGAGGCUCUAG